GAUCGGAGUGAAAGAUUUGAGCGGAGGAUGAUUAGGGGUACAAUGUCCGAUGAGCAAUUGAGCACACAUUCUAUUUCUAUCUUGUAAGAUGAGGAACCUCAAGAAAUCCCGAGACGGAGAUGCAGAUGAUUCGUCUUCAAUCAAUCGUUUACCAGAUGAAAUUAUCCUCCAAAUAAUAAACAAAAUUAUCGAUUUUAAAAGCCUCUGCGUUUGUUAUCUCGUUUCCAGACGUUUCUCCUCGAUUGUACUUCAAGUCGAUGCCAUUUCCUUCACAGCUCCUUGCAUAUACCUUAAUAUUCCCGAUAAGAACGCCGUCAGUGAUAUCUCCCCAAGUGGGUCGUUUCCGCCAUUAAUUUCUUCGUUUUACGGUGAGUCCUUUCUAUCUGCCAAUAGGUUUUUUAGAAACUUCAAAGGAGUGAAGUCCUUAUGUAUCGAACUUCCGUCAUCCAGUCACAGAGCUAUUGGUAAUCGUUUUGUGUUCAAGUGGAAAGUUAAGUUCAGUAACAGAGUCGAAUCGUUUAUAUUCCUGUCACAGGAUUCAGUUUGUGAUAAGGAUGGAUUCUAUCUUAAUGGAAAUGGGGAGGAAGAAGAAGAAGACAACGAGUUAUUCAGUGAUUCAUUUAAGCAAAAACGUCAAGUUUCUUUUGAAUGUCUGAUGGAUGUGCUUGCGUGGCAUUUGAUGUUGUUGUACUUGGUUAAUGAUCUACCAAUGUUGGAAGAAGUUUCCAUUACUGAUUCAGGGAGAAGAGGGAGGCUUUCUCUGAGUGGGAAAAAACUCAAUGAGUUUCAGGGUACGUGAUGAGGGGGGUAUUUAUUACGAUAAUGGAAGUGAAAGAUCUCCAAGGUGAAAAUAAUGGUCUGAUGAACAAUGAAGAUGGUUUUGAAGAUAAAGAAGAAGCUGCAUAUACCGAAGCUGUUAUGGAGAUUUUGAAGAAUCAUAAGGGCAAUUUAUCCAGGUUGCGUUAGCAUGAAUCAGGUGCGUACUAUGAACCUCAAAACACUUGAGCAAUGUUGUUUAUAAGUUGUAUAUCUUAAUCAAUUAUUUCUACCAUAGUUUUAUUCUUGAAAUGACAAAUCAAUUAUUUAGAUUUGAAAUUAAUCAUGAAACAUAAAGCUAUAAAAUAUGUCGCAAAUUUAUCUGAUCGCUUACUUUGUCACAUGUGUAACCGAGAAUGCCCACACAUUUUUUUUUCACCUACAAAAGAUAAAAACUUUGAAUUUAGAUGAAAAAGUGAAGCACUCAUAAAGAAAUGUGAUAUUAACUUUCGAUUCGUAUAUGCUUCAUACCAUGAACCAUUUAGCAGGAAUCAUUUUAGUGUUCAUGUAAAAUGCAUAAUAUAAAACUAGCAUCUCGACUUUUGGAAAUAUGGUAAUUUAAUUGAGAAAUCAUUUCUUGGAAGCUAUUCAUAAAGUUGUUAGAUUUAGAGAGUAACUUUUGUUUAAGAAUAGUUUAGAAGCCUAAAAGUAAGAAACGGAUGUCUAGAUAACAUGCUAAAAAGCAAGGGUUAAUGACAUAUAUAUGUGUAAACAUGUAUGUCCUUUCAUGUACAUGACUGAUCAUUAGCCUCUUAAGGUCAAUAUUACUGAUUAAAUAGUAUAGAAUUUAAGAAGCUAAGGGUGCGUUUCUUGUGGAAAGUUAUCCAAUUUUGCAUGAAAAUUUUCAAAUGAAAUUGAAAAUUUUGAAAGCAUGUUUGGUUGAUUCAACUUUCAAAAAAUUUCCAAUAAUUUUUUUUUUCAAACUAUAAUUAGUAAAGUGAUUUCUAAAAGUUUUCCAAAAGUUUCUAAAUUUCUAAAUAGAAAAUGAAACUCCAUCGGUUUUUUAACUAAACAUGUUUUUAAAAAUUUUCAUUGAAAGUUGAAAAUGAAAACUCAAAGUACAUGGCCAAUUACUUGGACUCAGCCUCUUGCUCUUGCGCUUGCUCUUACACUUACACUUACCGAGGCGACUUAAGGCAACUCGGUCAAAAUCAGUCAAACUCGGACUAACUCGGUCACAAUCACUCAAACUUGGACAAACUCUGUCAAAUAAUCAAAAUUGACUUAAAAAGAGAAAAAAAAUCAAGAAUUUCAAGAUUAAUAUGUAUACUUUAUACUUUAUUUAGCAUGCUAACCCUAGAACUCAAGUAAGGUGUUGGAUUAACGAAUUGUAUGUGCUUUCCUCUCUCUCAUUCGCAUCUUCAAGUUUUCAUGAUUGAAAUGCUUACUUUUUUUGAACUAAUUUAACAUUUAAACAUGUAUAUUUUUAUUUAUAUUUCACAUACUUUGUUAUGAAUUUUAAUAAAAUUUUGAUUUUUUAUAUAUAAUUUCCCCAAAAUUAAUUUCUUUUGUAAAAUAGCAUAUCCGAGUAGUCGAGUACUCCCCGCCUAGGUAGAGUAUUCGGUGCUCCCCCGACUGAACGAGUACUGAAUAGCAAGUUAUGCAACAUUGAUUUUCGAAAAACAUUUUAUAGAAAAUGAAAAUAGUUUUCCACAACCAAACACACCUUAAGGUAUGCAAUAAAAAUGAAAAUGACUAGUCGACAUAAAAGGUUACCCAUAUAUGUCACUAACCCAAAAGUACAGUUGGUUGGCUUAUUUGUGAUUUUACAUGAAUGACAUCUUAUUUGGUAAUAAUUCAUGUUAUGUGUAUAAUGUUUAUAACUCAUGUUUUGUGUUUUAUGACAUGUAUUUGCAGUUUCUAAGCAAUUUCAAGUAACAACUAACAAGGAAAAUAUGAGGUAGAUUGCUAGAUAUUAAUGGAAAGAAAAUAGAACAAACCUUUGAAACAACUAUUGAGAUGAGGUCACUUUUAAAGUGGAUAUAUCCUAGAAAGGUAGCUAACAUGUUUUGGUAUGUAAUAGCAUGAUUAUCUAACAUUUGAAAUUUUCAUCAACUAGAAUUUUUUCAAUUUCUCGCUAUCAAUGAUCAUUUUAAAAGUAUAUGAGCGGAUAUCGUCUAUUUUUUUUUGUCUAAUCUAAAUUUCUAUAUUAAAUCGUAAGCAAUCCUCCUUAAUAAAUGAAUGUUUUUUUUGCCACGUCCUCUUCUCCUUCAUUUGGACACAUGAUAUUUUCUAAAAUUUUUAAAUUAUCUAUUUUCCACUUGUCAUUUUAUUGUAAUUUUUAUUUUAUUAAAUUAAAAUUCCACAUUUAAUAUGUAAGAUAAUAUAUAUGUAAGGUAUUUAUUAAAAAUGAUUUAUAUAUCUAAUGUAUUCAAUGUAUUAAAGUCUCAUUAAUUUUAAUAAUUUAAAUUUUUUCUCAUUUUUCUUAUAAAUUCAAACUUCUUAAAUUGUUAAAAUUUUAUAUUUAAUUUUUUUAAAUAAACUCAUGUAAUACAUGGGUCUCACACCUAGUUACAAUAUAUUUUAAAUUUUUUAUCCAAUAAAAAAGAAUGUGAAAUAAAAUUUCCAAAAACAUAUUAAAUUUUGUAUAAAGUUUUAAAUAAAUAGGAUAUAAUAAUGAAAUUUGAUAUUUUAUAUUUUGAUUAUAUAGAUGUAGUGUUAUAAUAUGUUUAUUUAUUAUAUAUAAAUAAUUAAGUUCAAAUAUUUUCAUCAAAAUGAAUACAUUUUGGUAAAUGUAUAUUUGUAUAUAGCAAACGUUUAUGAACUUUUUCAUAUAUAAGAAUCUUUUCAAUAAGCAAAUAAUCCGUCUAAAUUAAAAAUAGUUAAAUAUCUUAUAAAUUAGGUGUUAAUCUAUAUCAACAAAAAUAACACUUGACUAAAAUUAGAUCAGACAAACGAGUUAUGGUGGGUUAAAACAUUAAAUAGUUUGGGAGAGUUGAUAUGUUUAAUUAUCCUGCCAUGUCAACCGGUUUAUUCUCGUGUCGAUUUGGUGUCGUGCUAGGGUUUAAGCUCAGACCUUGUAAAUGUGCAUGUCGUGUCGGAUUGAAACACUAAAAGUGCGCUUGGUUUUGUGGAAAAAAUUCUAGUUGAUGAAAAUUUCAAAUGAAAAUAAAAAUUUGAAAACGUGUUUGGUUGAUUGAGUUUUCAAAAUAUUUCCAAGAAAUUGAAAAUUUUAUGUUUUUAAAGUUGUAUGUAAAUUAUAAAUGUGAUUUUUGUAAUUUUUCAAAGUUUUCUAAAUUUCUAAAACGGAAAAUUGAAACUCUGCCCAAUUCACCCAAGAAUGAUUUUUAAAAUUUUCAUUGAAAAUUGAAAAUGAAAACUCAAUUUUAUUUUUUGAAAAUAUUUUUUAGAAAAACAAAAAUAAUUUUCCAAAAAAAAAGCACCUUAAACAAGUUCAACACCCAAUCACCACCCACCACGUCAUUAUUUGAAGCUCACGUAAGAGCAUGUUUGAUUCACAUAAUUCCUAAAGAAUUAGAAACUAAAAUCAAGAGGAAAAUGUGUUUUACUUAUCAAAUGAAUGGAAUUAGAUUUCCAUAAUAACAAUUUCAUUCCUUAUUUGAAAUAUUUCCAAUUCUUCCAUCGUCUAACAAGAUUCUAAAUUCAAUUCCUUAUCUUUUGUUUUAAAUUACACAACUGUCAUCUUAUUAUCUAUGUCUAUAUCUAUGCUAGACAUAAAAAAGUCAUCUCUUUGAUUUUCAUAUCUUUUCUACGAUUACAUUCUUAUUGGUUAUAUAUUUCUUCAUUCGCAUUUUCCACAUGAUUACAUCUAUCGAUUGUUGUUGUUGUGCCACCGUAUUUUGUGUGAUUCGUCAUUGUUCUUGUUAUUUGUUGUAUCGUCUCCAUUUACAAGUAAGCCUCUCGAAUCCUCCUAUUUUUCUGCAAGCAACAUUGUUUUACUAUUGAUUUAUACAAUUUUUGUAUGCUCUUUCAUCUUUGCUUGAUAGACAAUAACAUAAUAUAUGUAUAUCAGUGCUAUUGUAUUUCAUCUAUAGUUUUUUUGGAUAAUGUAUCAAGAUUUCUCUAUACAUGUAUAGGACUUGUAAAUUUUUUGGCUUAGAUGUAUUGUUGGGAUGUGAAAUCUAUGUACACCAAGUGUUUCUGCUUUUGCCUCUAUGAUAAUUUUUUAUUUGUCUAUGUGAA